AUGCAAAGUGGAUGUUAUGACAGGCUUGCUAGAUGCAUGUUGUUGGAUAGGUGCACCCUGUAUUUGACUACCACCGAGCAACGACACGGGAGAUGUACUGAUAAAUAUCAAGCUCGGGGAUCAUUGGCCUUGCCACAGUUAGUCAGUAUAUGGUCUUGCAUCUCUUGGAAAUGUGGUUUAUCAGUAGGAGAUGGGUUCACCCCGGCCCUUGCAUCUCCUAAUAAGGCAAAAGCAUGA